AUGAGCGGAGCUAUCGGAAACAUGGCCUUCAUGUUUGGCGCCAUGCAGGUCGCCAAGCGCAUCCCCUUUGACGACAAGCCCGAGUACAUCACCUACGCGCGUGCCGGCUACGUCGCCGUGCAGCUCCUCUGCCUCGCCGUGUACUACUACUGCUCGAUCCGCGUCAAGAAGGCCAACGACCUCACCGUCAUCAAGUACGUCAACGCCAAGAACCCCAUGUCGCAGGAGCCCGGCGAGCUCGUCACCACCACCAACCGCGACUACGACCUCGCCGAGAUCUCCAAGGCCACGCGCGGCAUCCUCAUGGGCUGCGCCAUGGUCGGCUUCAUGCACCUCUACCUCGGCUACACCAACCCGCUCGUCAUCCAGUCCAUCCUCCCGCUCAAGAACGCGCUCGAGUCCAACAUGGCCAAGCUCUGGGUCUGGGGCCAGCCCGCCACCGGCGAUCUCAAGCGCCCCUUCAAGGCUCCCCCUGGUCUUUUCGGUGCCGCCGGUCAGGCCGGUCCUCAGACCGACAAGGCUGCCAUCAAGGAGGCCGAGCGUGCCGGCUCGGGCAAGAAGGACGAGUAA